AUGGCUAGCCUUGUCCGGCGACUCGCCAGAAACCCAAGCUCGAUAAGAACCCAUCUUUUUCCCAAACCAAAACCCUACCCCAUUACCCAUCACAAUCAUCUGGGCCCUCCCAAAUCUGACUACACCCUUACCCACCUUCCUCGUUUGGGUUCUGUUAGUGCUGACAAGUUCGACUUGUCGUUGCCGGUUUUCCCGAGCUUUCCGUUCGGGUAUUGCUUCGACCCGGUUCUUCAAAUCGGGUCGGGUCAAUGGGGGCUGUGUCAGGACGAUGGGGUCGGGUCGGAGGAUGAUGCGGGGACGAUGAUUUGGGCGGACAGUGUGAAGAAGAAGAGGAAGAGGAAGAUGAACAAGCAUAAGUUGAGGAAGCUGAGGAAGAGUCUUCGUCGCAAGACGUGA